GUGGAAGACACCGCCGUGAUGCGACAGUUCAAUAAAUUCAAUUAACACUCUGUCCAGCUUUGCUACAUUUCCCCCCCUCUUUCGUCCCUUGACGUGAAGGCAUGAGCUUCAAAAGAAACAGAAACUUCCAAGUAAACGACAGUGUUGUCAACGAUAGUUCGGGAAACGGCAAUACGUUUUCGACGCACGUUGGGGACAACUUCUACCAUCAAUAUUCCUCUGGAGCUGAGUCCGGCCUUUCAAAUUUGUCGAGUCGGGUCGCCUUCAACGCUCUUCAUGAUGCAGAAGCUCGUUACCCUCAGCCCAACGUUCUAGCUGGCACUCGGGAAGAGAUUAUCGGGAAACUGAGUAGUUGGUGCGAGGAUGACUCGAAGAACAGCAGAGUGUAUUGGGUCAACGGUGCUGCUGGAGUAGGGAAGUCUGCGAUUGCACAAGCACUUUGUGAAAAGUACAUCCAAACCGGUCAACUAGCAGCCGGAUUCUUUUUUUCAAGGAACGAUUCGAGUCGGGAUAAGCUUGAUCCAUUUGUCGCUACCAUUGCCCAUCAGCUAGCGACAUCUGAAACCCUUAAGCCCUUUAUGGCGCCCCUCAUCGACCACAUCAUCCGCUCAACGCCUGGGAUUUGGCAUAAAAGUUUGGAAGAUCAGUUUAGAUUGUUAAUACAAGAACCGUGUGCUCAGGUAGACCCAAGGAACUGGGCUCAGCUUCCACGACUUGUCGUCAUUGAUGGUGUCGACGAAUGCAUCGAUGUGAACUCUCAGAAGAGACUGCUGCAGAUGAUUCAAAAUGCGGCCCCCACUCUUCCCCUCGACUUUCUCAUACUCAGCCGACCGGAACCACAUAUCUCUCGCAUCUUCUUUCACGAACCCUUCACUCCAAAUCCUUUACGCUUGGCGUUGGGUGAUUUCGCAGAGUCCGUUCGGGCUGAUAUCAAAAGAUAUCUUUGCCAUGAAUUUGCUCGCAUCCGGAAGGAGCAUUGGCACACCCUAGACAGCUCACUGCAGGCUUCAUGGCCUGGUGACACCAUUAUAGACCAGUUGGUAUGCAAAGCCACUGGGCAGUUCAUCUAUGCAACCACCGUAACGAAGUAUAUCGACGCGGGAAAAUUGCCUGUAACGCCUAUACAACGGUUGGACGUUAUACUUCAUGCCAAAAGAACGGUGAACUCUUCAUCUCCCUACCCUGACCUGGACCUGUUAUAUUCUCAGAUCCUACAAUACUGUGUCCACGAAGGCGGGAAGCUCCGUGAAAUUUUGCGGUUAAUAGUAAGUUCUUUUGGUGGUGAGGAAAAAAUCCUGCAGUCCCCCUUUCGGUUAUUAUCCGGCUCGCCUGCAGUUUUGCAAAGCUUAUGGGCCCUCGAACAGCUUCUAGAUUUGAGCCAAGGCGAGGCCGCUGCCCUCUUGUCUGGCUUACAUUCGAUUCUCGACAUCCCUACAUCCAAAACGGAAAAGAUAUUUGUUCUGCAUGCAUCCUUUUCCGAGUUUCUCCUCGACGCAGAUCGUGCAGAUGUGUACUACGUGGGGACAAAGCUUUCCUCCCAGGAGUGGAUCCAACUACUCAUUCCAUGCCAGAUUCGAAUGCUUUCCCGUUAUUGUAUCCAGUACAAUCGUUGGCCUAUCCAAAGACCCCAGGUUCAUGGCCAACCAGUAGAGGGGGUUCAAGAUAUCUAUUUCGGUUCACUCAACCUUUGGAGGUGUCUAUACACUAUCACUCUCAAUGACGGGAUUGCAGCGGCUCUCAAUGCGUUUGAUCCGCAUCUAUAUCUCACUACGAUACUUCACUGGAAUUACGAAUGCAUGUAUUGCCCAACUUCAGACAGCUUCGCGGUGUCGGGAUUCUCACUUCAGGACAGGGAGAUCUGGGACUGGCGAUACCAUACAAUAGCAGUGCAUGAUCAAAUAAGCAUGUUCUACAGUGUUUAUCGAUUAUUGAAGAGAUCCGAUAAAUCCUCUCCUAGUUGCAUCCAGGAUUUCUUUCUCAAAUGCCGGUCUUUCUUCCGCGGUUUCUACGUGGCAUUCCCCGGUCAAUGCAGGAACGUGACGGAUACUUCGGAAGAGGCUGUAAAAUACAUCCUCUUUGCAUGCCAGUUAUCCAUCUCCUGCCUCAACUCCGAGCUUCCCACUGAAAGUGCCCUCUCAUUCAUAUCAUAUUCGAAGUCAGUUAUCUGCUGCUCUGAUCCCAAGUGGAUGAUCCGAGUCCUGCCUUACAACAAUGAGGUUGCAAUUCCAGCCGGAUGGGAUGUCAAAUACAUUGAUCCGACUGAAGGGCGGCUACUUCGCAGGCUUCUUACACUCUUCUUUCACAAGGAAUCCUGGGAACCUUCUCAGAUCAGUACCAUUGAAGCUUUUGAUUCGAUUAGAAUUGAAGACUGGACCUAUAGAGUCGCUCAGUUGGAUUGGGAAAAGACAUGGAUAACAUACUUAUUCGGCAAGCUGGCUCGGUCAAUACAGGGGAAGAGGUUGACAAGCAAGGUAGUCUUCUCAGAAGACGAACCCGACUCAGAAUGCCGAUCAGUGUGUUCGCCACUUGUUUAGUUGCUCCGACAGUUAUACACAAAUGAUACAAUAACCUGUCUUUCACUGGCCCGGACGCGGAAGUCCAAUUCACUGCCAUUACCGGCUUGUUGUUUUUCGGGGGGGGAUGAGGUAGGACUAGAGGAGAAGACUCGACCAAACGGAUGCGACUUGAGGUGGCCACACGCCCGCCGUACCAAGUUUCUCCCGGACCCUAGACGUUACGGAAACGCCGAGCAACACCAAUGAUCGACAUUCCUUUCCUUUUGCCACCGACGAAUUCCCGAACUGGCGGCAGAAGUAUAGAACUAUAAAGACCCCUCCUCCAGCUCUAUUACCUACGAUGCGGACGUGGUAGCCUUGCGAGUGUAAGCGUUUUGCGGUGACGAAGCCGCUACUUCUCGUAGCGGUUGACGUCUGGGGUGUCCGUUCAUAUCGAGUAGCGAGGUGUAAAAAAACCGUAAAUGACCGAUCUGCGGCCCUUGCAUUUCGCUCUCCAGAAGCGCAGUCGGGUAGACACUUCCUCGCUCGGUCCCAGUGUCAGUCACUGCCAGUCUCAUUUCUUGCCG